CUGCUGACUGCCAUUCGCUCUGUAGAACGGAGAGUUUGUGGUGUGCAUUCCGCUCAAAAUAAAAGUUAAAACGCGAAAUUUCGUCGUCGCGGACCUAUCGUGUGUGUAAAUAUAUACGUUUCGAACGAGUGUCCAUUACGUGAUAAGCGAGAGGAAGAAAAAGUGACUGCCUUUCGGAAAAGGUAUCGUGUGUUCGGAGAACGGAACUACCCCGUGACGGCCCGUAUUCCAGGUUGCCGCUGAUAAACGAGGAAAGAUCUCCCCCAUAACAAUCGGUGGCUGAGCGCAGAUUGUUCACGACAUAACGACGAAGAUCGGUGCAAGUUGGUGAAUCCCCGGUUGCACAUUGUUGCCCUCAACCUAGGGCGGGGGCCGCGAUUCUGAAGCGCUUAUUCGCAAGUAGUGUUCGCUUCGUAGCAUUGUUUUGAUUUCUCCCCGAUCUCUCGGAAAUGCUUACAAUCUAGUACGGCAACACAAACUGUACUCGUGCUGACUCUCCGGAAAGAAUCGCCCUCUCUAACAGUUCCAAGUAAGUAUCGCUCCGAACACACAACGAGCGAACCGACCUCUGCGCGUGACCGCAGGAGUGAUUGUAUGUCAUGAAUCCUGACGAAUAUGAGCAACUGCCGACGACGAGCGUAGCUACGAACAUGACGGCCGGUGCGAUCGCCGGCGUCAUGGAGCACUGCGUAAUGUAUCCGCUGGACUCAGUGAAGACACGGAUGCAAUCGCUGACGCACAUGCAUGCGCACGACACAAUCGUUUCGACGAUGCGGGACAUGGUGCGGGCGGAAGGUUUGCUACGACCGUUCCGGGGUGUGAUGGCUGUUGUUGCCGGGGCGGGCCCCGCACACGCCUUGUACUUCGGAGCGUACGAGUACUCGAAGGAAGCGAUCGGACGCUUCUCGGACCGGCACCAGGUUAACUACAUGGUUUCGGCAGCGUUGGCUACUCUGGUUCAUGAUGCCAUCUCCAAUCCGGCCGAUGUGGUGAAGCAGAGGCUACAAAUGUACAACUCGCCCUACAGAUCGAUCCUGCAUUGUGCGCGAGUUGUCUAUCAGACCGAAGGCCUUAGGGCAUUCUAUCGAUCUUACUCGACGCAGCUUGUGAUGAAUAUCCCCUAUUCGGCUAUCCAGUUUCCUACGUACGAAUUUCUCCAGAAACGGCUCAACAAAGACAAUAACUACAAUCCGCCUGUACAUAUGGUGGCGGGUGGUGCCGCGGGUGCAGCUGCCUCAGCCCUUACCACACCUCUUGAUGUUUGCAAAACACUGCUUAAUACACAAGAGGAUGGUGCUGGUCAAACCAGGGGUCUCAUACAGGCGGCCAAGAAAAUCUAUCGUACAGCAGGUCCGCUGGGAUUCUUCAAAGGAUUACAAGCAAGAGUCCUCUAUCAGAUGCCUGCCACAGCCAUCUGCUGGUCCACCUACGAAUUCUUCAAGUACAUCCUAACAGAAGGUACCCGUAUCCCAUCGAGGACUAGCAGUUCAUCGGAAAUCGUUUCCGGUACAGACGACAAGAAGCUACCCGAUUUGCGAUACGUGUUACCUGUCAGUUCCGCAUCGGCGGAAGCGUCGCCUAACAGUCUAAUUGUUCGAAGCGGAUCGACUUCUGGUGGAGAGCGCGACUGCGGUCGUCGAGAACUACCGGCAAUGUCCGGUGCUGGAAUCUACGGGGCAAUGAGCUACAAUACGAUGCACUCGAAUGAUGCAAACCACAUCACUGACCAUCAACUGCGGCGUUCCAAAUGAAUGGUAUUGCUACUAGAAACGUUGGUUUUGCACACAAACACACAAACUUAAGCAUUGCCCGUUCAUGAGUUUUUAUUAAUCUUCUGCCACUUUGAUUUACUGAAUUGGUCCCACUAACUGGUCAUUCAUUUAUCACACGUGUUAUUUUGUACCCACCGCUUGUGCGAGCUCCCAAAUUCCCAGUUAAUUGUUAGAGAAAUGAGAACACAUUCGUCAGGGGCGAAAAUGAACAUUUUAUUCAAAACUUUCAUCGAUUUAGCGAGGGAUUCGCUUCGUUUGAUCAUGUGAUUCAAAUCAAUCGUUUUGAUUGUAACUUAUAAGCAAAUUCGUACGUAUUAAUUUAUGUUGGCCCUAUCGUAUGUUCCUUCAUUAUUUUACCAAUUUUCUAUUCAUUUGCUACUUUGUGGCUAGUUGUGACUGCGUCAGCCUUUGGGUUGAACCUUUAGUGGAAUGACGCUACCAAACGGGCUCUCAUGUAAAAUCGUUGUUAUUUAGUCGUGUAAAUAGGAGAUGCCCUACAGUGUGUUGUUGGCUGAAGUGUUGGCCCGGCGAUUUUCACGUUGAAGACUCGGUCACGAAUCUGUUCUUCGUCCCAUCCAUAUCAAAUGAGCAACAAUCAAGAAGCUUAUUCUACGGAAAGUAGAGAUUGCUCGAGCUUUCGAAAUCGCCGGAUCGUUUCCAUUAGUUGCCUAGUCGUCUCGUGACAAACUUUGUUGUGCUGUUCGAUGAGAGUAGGAGCGCUGAUUGAAGUCAAUUAGUACGAUAAAUUUCUAUUCGAUGAUUCAAUAAACCAUUGUUUAUACCUAGUGAAAGUUUUCGGCCCAGCAAUAUUAUAACGGGUUGGUUUGAAACGAUUUACAGGAUACAGGAUAGGUAACUAGUUUUAGUAUCGAUUAAUCGAAGAAUCGAAUUUUCUGAAAAUAAAAGAACUUCUCUUGUUGAACGAUUGUUGCCAUUGAAAUCCCUCCUUCCAAAUCGAAAAAUACCCCGCGAAUUCAAUGAAAACUAACAUUCAUGUUCGCUCGCAUCACCAUCGCUCCCAGCUUCAGCAAUAUAAGAAUCGAAAAUAGCAACCGAUACAUAGUAGCAGUAGAAACAAGUAUAAUUUUGGGAAAUGUUACAAAUACAACACAAUUAGACACGAAUUAGAAUACUUCUAGGACACCCUUACUUUGUUGCAAUCGGUACUAAGUAUCGUCUCAUGGUAAGAUGCCAUAGGAAUGCUUGAUACCAAAGGAUCAAGACGUUGACUGUGUUCCAUAGGAACUUAACAGAGGAAAGGAGAACGCAACUAAUUGAAAUUGACAAUGACUUAACGGCUUUUGUUGCAAAAGAAGGAUACAAACCAGCAAAAUUGAUAUAAGUGAACUUUUAUGCAAAACGAUGCAUCAUCCGCCGGAAGGUGGAUCGUAAGGAAGUGUACAGUUGAGUAGUGCGAUGGAAAGCAAAAUUUCAAAUUAAGAAACAACUAUAAUAAAUACCUGUAUAUUAAAGAAAAGUUGAAGUUUCAAGUAUAAA